AGUUUCCCAUAAAAACGGUGAUGUUGUGUUGAGUAUGGUGUGCAUGUGGAAAUUUAGAAAGGAAUAACGUUUACAAGCUAGUGUUUAGGAUCAAACCAGUAAUUUUCUAUAUAAACCUCUUAAGCGACUUCCAGAUCCCAUUGGGCAUCAUCAGUUGGUAUGUCUGUAUCCUAAUGAAUCACCAGACAGACAUCAACUCUCCAAUAAUUAUGUACAGUACAUAUCAAAAGCAUUGCUUCAUUGACCUAGGAAAUCUGAUCUCAUCGUGAUUGCGGAGCGGAGGUUUGUCUGUCCCUCCCCCCUUGACAAGACACACCAACUCGCCAGUCACUAAUUAUGUAUUGUACACAUCAGAAACAUUGCGUCAUUGACCUAGGAAAUCUGUCUCCUUAUCGUGAUAAAGGGGCGGAGGUCUGUCUGUCCCUCCCCCCAUGACAUCCAUCCGUCUCAUGUUAUCAGCUACAUGUGAUAGAACUCAGUACAAGCCAGCCAUUUCCCGGAGCACGGCCUCUGUUCAGUAUGGUGCCUGAUAGUGCCCGAGUGGCAGUGUUGGUUCAAUAUCGAGAAACUGUUAUUAUUACUACCGGAUGCCAUUGGUUAUCCUGCAUCUUACUGGCGUGAGGAAAUGUAGCUUGGAGUUCAGCCCUUCGUGGUGUUAGCAGUGUUUCAAGGUCGUGAUUCCUAUCAUUACAGUAUGAUGGUACUUGAAGAUUUUACUGAUGACAUUGCGUUUAGCGCUUCAAUCUUGUGAGGAAGGAAUGUGGUAAUUCAACUUACGGUAGAGAUACCAGUAACAUCUGCUUUACUAAGUGUUGCCAUAUCCAAGCACAUUUUUCUCUUGCAGCGAAUAUUAACUUGAAGACUUGGCUGUACUAUACAUCGCAGUGUAGCCUUCGUGCCUUUUGAAAAUCGUGCAGUGAGGUGCCGUAACGAAAGUGAGUAAUGAAGUGACGUGCAAGAUUAUGACGUAAAGUACUAGGAAAAAUUUCAGUUCAGAGACCAGUCUGGAAAGGGAGGCCUGAUAGUGAGGGGUCCACUGUAUCACAAGCAAGAACAGUGGGCACAGCAAACAUGGAUUACUUCACCAGGAAUGGAUACAACAACGUUUUUAACAGUGAUGACAACAACAACACGGGGAGGGUUAAGACUGUCACACGCAGAAUCACACGUUUGUUUACUCCCGAUCUGCCAAACGAGGAGGAGGUAGCUAACGCCGUGGACCAGACGGGCGGCCGCUACGAGGGGGAGAUCAAGAGACUGAAGAAGCUGACGGAGAGACUGGAUGCGGAGAAGCAGCACUACAGGAAACUGUAUGAGAGGCAGCUUGAGGAGUCAGACAUCAGGAACAAGGGGGAGAGCUUGCUGAAUCCUGGGGUGCUGUCAGUUGUCACCAAGUCCCUGGCCAAGCGUGUCCCCAGCCUGAGUCCAUCGACCCUCAGCACCCCAGAGAAGGCCUCCCACAACACCUCCUUCGGGCCCCAGCCGUCCUCCCUCAUCGUGGACUCAGAGAAUCUUGAGGACAGCAUGAAGAAGGUACGGUCACCCAGGAGUCAUGAGGCACAGGAGGAUGCCGACUUGCUACGGUCACUUGUUGAACCCUUGGAGGAGGAGAUUCAUGCCCUCAAGGAAAAGAUCCGUGCCCAGGAUGCCCAGCUGCGUGCCCAUGAGGCCCAGCAAGCAGCAGCCCUCCACACUGCAGACUUGGUGGCUCCCCUUCUCCAGGGCACUGACACAGCCCAGGUGGUGCAGCAGCUUGAUGACAAGCUCAAGGGCAUGUGCAGUACGCUUGAGGCUGAGAAAGCAUCCCGGGCUGAUCUGGAGCUGUACACUGCCAUCCUGAACACCCAGAAGACGGCCCUUACUGAUGAAGUGGACAGGUUACGCUCCCAGAUGACUGAACUGAGACAGUCAUACGAGACAGAGCGGCGUCAGCACAGGGACCUGAAGCACACUUGGCAACGAGCCAAUGACCAAUUCCUGGAGGCCCAGCGGCUGCACCUGGCUGACAUGAGGCGCAUGCAGGUGCUGCUCACCCAGGAUCAGCUGCACAAGUUGGAAGAAGCACAGCAGAGUGAGGAGGCUGCUGCCAGGGCAACACCUCACUUCACACUCACCAACGCCAAGCAGUCCCCCACACACCUGGCCACCCCACCUGCCGUCAAGAAACACGGCCCAUCGCCCACCCCUGAGAAUGAGGUAGAGAGUGACAAAUCCUCCUCACUAUUAGACCUGGAGGAAGAGUCAGCACCCACACCCGUCUCCACCACCACCACCACCACUACUGCCAUUGCCACAACCUCACAAGGGGAGCAGAGUGAUGACCAGAGCAGCGAGACAGAGACCCGCAGCCUGCCCCCAGACUCCCUUGCCCCUGAUGGCCUCAUCCCAGGCAGCAUCUUAGCUGAGCGUUUCAGUCCUGACAAGAUGCCUCAGCUCACACAAGACCAGCAGAAAGCUCUACAGGAAGUGUUCCCAGAUGCCCCAGGCGAGACUCCUCUCACCCCUCAGGAUGAAGACUACCUAGUGAUUGACUUCUCACCCAGUGCAGACUCAAGGAUUGGCCAGGGGCAGGGGCGGCGGGUGGUGAGUGAGGUGGAGUGGAACAUGCUGCAUGAGGAGAUCAGGCGGGCUAGAUCUCACAUGGGACGGUCCUGCCAGCUGUGCACCUCCUAUCAGUCUCAGCUGCAGAAGGCUCAGAGUGAUCACCGGGACACUGAGAAGCAGCGGUUGGAUCUGGAGCGUGCCCUGCAGAGGUACAAAGAGGACCUGGAUCGGGAGGCUCGGUACAGGCAGGUGAUGGAGGAGCGCUGGCAGGGCAUGGCAGAAGACUAUGAGAAGAAAGUAGCAGGGCUGGCCAGUGUAGUCGAGACAGCAGCAGGCAAGCAAAUGGAGUUGGAGACAAAGUUCCGCUCAACUAUAUCCAGCGUCCAUGACAAGCUACGUUCCUUGACUGAGCGCAGGGAGAUUGCCCAGCAGGAGCUUACCAGAUUACAGAAAGAAAAUGAUGACCUGGUGGGCAAGCACAGCAAGCACUCGCAGCAGCUGCAGAAUGAAAUAAUCAACUUACCAGACAAUAUGGAGGAUAUGCAGUUGCUAUUGUUGCGUUACCGAGAGGACAUCAUUGAAGCAAAGGUGUCUAAGGAACAUCAGGAGGAAAGCCUUAAGUCAGAGAUCCUCUUCCUUAAGGACCGGGUGCUGGCAGAGCAACACGAGAAGAACACCAUCGAGGACCGCUUGUCAUCUGAGAUAGAUCAGCUCAGAGAAAAAGUGGCAUUGCUGGAGAGCCUGGAGAGUCAGAUGAAGCUGGAGCGCAGGACAAGGGUGGAAAGUGAUGCCCAGGUGCGGGACCUUGAGACAAAACACACAGAGUCACAGCUCAAGAGUCAGCAGAUCAUCACUGGCCUCAAGACGCAGGUGGCUGAGCAGACACAGAUGAGGGCUCGUCUGGAGGCUGAGGUGGUGGAGCUGCGGGGGAGGGUGUCAACACUCCAGCAUGACCUUGACACCUCAGAGGCUGUCCAGAGAGAUUUUGUGCGCCUCUCCCAGUCACUGCAAGUUCAACUGGAAAAGAUUAGGCAGAGUGAGAAGGAGGUGCGGUGGCAACACGAGGAAGACCAGGAGGAAUGCAACAGCUGUAAACAAAGAUUUUCUGCCAUGGGCCGGAGAAAGCAUCACUGCCGUCACUGCGGCAAGAUUUUCUGUAAUGAAUGUGUCAGCAAAACAGUGCCAAGCGGUCCCCACCGGAGACCCUCUCGAGUGUGUGACGUGUGCCAUACCCUCCUGGUGCAGGAUGCCACCCCAUACUUCAGCUCAGAGCCCCCACACUCCCCAGACUGACCACCUUAACCAUCCCAAUCCUUCACCACCACUUACCUCGAGUGACUUUCCAUACUGAAGGCGACUGUGCCAUGGAAGGUUUCCAUUCCUCCCCAAUGAGCCUGUCUGUUCCUUCAUCCACCCAUGGCUGUCUGCAACCCCUCGGACCCCAAGUCACUGAGGGGCCUCACUGGUGCACUUCUCCCCAGGUUGUGUUUCAACAAUUCCAGCUGGUGGGCCAUGCAAGCAACUAGUCAUGCAGUUUGUUAAUGUCGUCAGCUGUGGUUCCCUGUGCCACCACAGGCCUUGCUGUGCUGGGUGGAGUCUGGGUGACUGGAUGCUGGGUUUGGGCAAGUGAGCGUGUGGUAAAAACCCAGCUGAACAAAUCUAGUUCCUUUUAAAGAGGAACAGUUUAGAGGUAAUGGUGUUUUUGUCCCUUACUAUAGAGUCAUUUUAUUUCCCAUACAUCACCCUGUGUUUCUUUGAUGGCCUAAUCUUCCACAAGUGACUCCAGACUCAUAGUAGUUAGUUCUGUUAGAUCAGAUGCUUCUCUGAAGAAAAUGUGCUGAAUGCUAUUUAUGACUCCUUACACUUAAUUUCCAAAUCAGUCCUGCCUUAUCAACUAUCUCCUGUCCUCAAGGGUUUGCUACAGCCAUAAAGAGAAUUGUGAAUAUGUAUAAAAGUUAGAAUUAUUGAUCAUUACCUAGAUCUGUUGUGGCAGUGUUUAUAUUUAGUCCUGACAAGAGUUUUAUAUUUUCUACACAUAUAUAAAUAUAUAUACUAUAGUGUGUGUGUGUGUGUGUGUGUGUGUGUGUGUGUGUGUGUGUGUGUGUGUGUUAUUGCAGGACAGAAAGGGGGGCUCUAGUAUUGAAUUUUAUAUAUAUUACAGCAGGAAGUUCAAGAGACAAAGCACUAGUAACAGCAGUAAUAUUUCAGAUAAUAAAUCCUUCUAAAGUUACUAUUUUAAAUCCUAUAUUGUUACUCGUUUAAGUAAAUUGCUCCUCACUGAGUGCAUCUAACAAGAUCCAGUUCAUGUUGACCUAACCAUGUCUCACCUCAUUCCUUUCAAAUGACCUAACCACCUGUCUCACCUCAUUCCUUUCAAAUCCAGAUACAGUCAGCAUGCAGUCAGAAUAGUGUUCACAGACAGGAAGAUAAGCAGACCAUUAGGGCAGCACACUGGCAUAUAUAUUCCAUAGAGUAAUGAAAUUAAAUAGGCUAAAAGCCUGAGUUUGUAUGUGUGUAUGUAAGGAAGGGCCUGUGUCUAAGGGAGGAGGCUGUGAGUGAGUAAAUGCAGUGGUACCUUGGUUAUCAAUGUAUCGGAAAACCCACACUUGCUAAGCCAACCAACAGAGGCUGCAUUCAUGCCUCGUGGUUCUCAAGUACAUAUUCCUAAACAUUUCAGUGUCUGAUGUUCACUACUUUUAACAGGGUUUAUGGGAAAUUAGUGGAGAUUUCAAGGAUAUUUUCAUUAUUCUAGUGACAACUUAAGAAUUAUGUACUAUCAGAAGGAAAAGACCACACAUAAUCUGACUAAUCAUUUGAGUGGCCCAUAAAAAUAAUCCUAAUGAGAGCACACUGCUUUUAAGAAUACAGGAUCUAAAAUCAUGAAACAUUCCUCCCUAACUUGUUGAAUGGUCAAAGCAACUGACUCAUUUGGGGCUUCCAGAUACAAGCACUGACUCCACAGCCUUGUGCCGAGCAAUUGUGCAGCACACUUUGUUAACAAUUUUGAUAUGUUUUGGUUUGUUUGUUUGCAUUGUAGCUCUAGAUGCUCUAUGGUGACCUUGUGCUGUGCAGUACAGUGUUGCAGUUUGAUAGUGCAGCUUUUGUUAAAUGUAAUGCAAAAUUAGCCAAACCUUUAUAUAAUUCUUUCUUCUGAGUGACGUAUGGUACACUAUUUUAUCUGUAAUUGAUGAAUGGCUACAUUGUUGGCAGUGUGAACAGUUUGGGAUUGAUUAAUUCAGAUGCCUCUGGUGAAUGAGGACAUUGUAAUCUGCACUGAAAUGGAAGGUUCAGAUAACUAAGAUACCACUGUUUUUUUUUUUUUUUUAUCAUUUAAUGUAAUGUUCCUCAACUCAGUCUUACCUAUAUUCAUGCAUUGCCUGAAACUUUUAAUGCAAUAGAAGUGUUUAAUUAUAGCAGAUAUGUAUUUUAAGGAUCAUGGUGACAGUGGGUAAUGUGCUGCAUUAUUUUUAAGACUUUUCUGAUCAAUUCUUUGUGGUGGCUAAGUUUUUAAGUCUGGGAACAGGAGAUAAAUUGUCCCUAAAUCAAAACAUAUUGUUAGACCAUGGCAAGUAUUUGUUUUGUUCACCAUAAAUUUGCAUUGAGAGAAGGUGCAAUUGUACUUGGGAAGGUGUACAUAAUUAGUGUAAAUACCUUUAUAUA